AUGUCUACAUCCAAUUUAACAACAACUACUGCAAACUCUGCUUCUGUUUCAAGUACUGGUUUCGGUUCAAAUAUCCCAUCAAUUUCAAUAACAAACACAUCUCUUUCUCCUUCCCCUUCUUCUCCUUCUAGUACUAUUACCGCUAGUAAUAAUAAUACCACGAAUAUGUUCCCAAACCAUCAAGAUCCUCAUUCCUUGGAUCCAUUAGCAAUGAGUUCCAAUUCAAUAUCUUUAAAUCCUUCAAAUAACACCAUUAACAACAACAGCAGUAACAACAGUAAUAACCAUCAUCAUAAUGGUAAUAAUAGUGCUGUUGAUUUGGCUAAAUUAAGAAGAGAAUCUAUAGCUCAUUCUCAAGGGAUGGGUGGUGUUACUUGGGGUUCAUUGACCAUCGGUUCUUGGUUAAAAGACGAAGUCAUGUUCCAUGCAACAUUGAAGAAUCCAAAUUCAAACCCAAUGAUAUCCAAAUCAAGAAAUAAUAGUAUCUUUAAUACUUUAAGACGACCUUCCAUAAACGUUAAUAACAUUAAUUAUUACGCAUCAUUCGGUAAUUCCCACUCUCCUCCAGUAUCACAUAAUGCCUACAUGCCCGAUUUGGAACAAGAGUAUUGUAAAGAUUAUUCUUGUUGUGGAUUAUCAUUACCAAGUUUACAUGACUUAUUGAGGCAUUACGAAGAUGCCCAUAUAGAAAGUGGGAAUCCAACUUCAAAUUCUAUUUCUAGUAAUACCACUACGGCUACAACUACUGGUAAGAAAACUAAGAAGGUUCAAUCACAAAAUAAACAAAACAUUCAUAAUAGUGACAAUAAUAAUCAAACUCAUAUAAUACAACAGACUUUGGAUCAAAAUAAAAAUACAAUACCGAUGAAUCAAUCUACAACAACUUCGAAUGCAAAAUCUAAAAAGUCGAAGUUGUCAUCAAUGGAUCCAUCUUCUUCUUCUUCUUCUUCUUCUUCUUCCACAACAAAUAGUAACACUCACACCAAUACUUCUGUACCCAUUAAUAACAACAACAAUAAUACUAAAACUAAUACAAACACAAAUAUUAAUGGUAAUUUGGUUGAUACUGUCCCUACAAGUGAUGUUUUCUUACAACCUACAAUAAACAGUAACAAUAAUAAUAACACUAGACUUCUAACUCUUCUGCUUCUUCAACAGUACCACAUCAUACUUUCAACAAUUACUCAUUCAAUAACGGUGGUGGUAGUAACAAUAAUAACAAUAACGAUAAAAGUUAUACCACUCAAAAAAAUAAAUAAUAAUUUGAACAUAUCGAAUAAUCUUCUUUCCAACGCUACAAAUGCCAACAACAACAACAACAACAAUAAUAAUAAUAGCGAUUUUAGCAUGAGAAAUGAUUCAAUCGAUAUCUCGUUCAUGGAUGGGAACUUGCUAACAAAUGAUACUUCAUUUUCACCCACCUUCAUGAAUAUAGAUCAUCAUAUGGCUUCUUCAAUGAAUGAUCCAUCUCAAUUCUUAUCACAACAAUCACAACAACAAUCCCAUCGUUUGUCUUCUACUACCACUGCAGGGGUUAUGGGUCCACCAACACAACAUUCUAUUAAUAAUGUAUUGUCGAACCUUCAUAACCACACAUACAACAGUAACAACAACAACAAUCAUAAUAACAAUCAUAACAACAACAUACAAUCAAACAAUAUGUCAUUGGAUGCAACAACCGCUGCUGUAAAUCUUCCACAACAUGGUUUAAUAAAUGCAAAUAUACUUCAUUCUAAAAAUAGUACAAAUACAAAUACUAUGACACCUCAGACAUUUCAACUACCAUCACGACAAAAUAAUAAUACUACUACAAAUAACAAUAACAACACUAAUAUUAAUAAGAACAACAAUACGUCCAAUAAUAACAACAACCCUCACAUUAAUAAACAUCAACAACCUGGUUAUAUAGAUGAUCCGGCAAGAAGGCUAUACGUGAUGGAUCAUGAAGAACAUAAACCAUUUAAAUGUCCCGUAAUCGGAUGUGAAAAGACUUACAAGAAUCAAAAUGGGUUAAAAUAUCAUAAAUUACAUGGUCAUCAAAAUCAAAAACUACAAGAAAAUCCAGACGGUACAUUCACAAUACUAGACCCAGAUUCAAAUGAACCAUUCUUUGAUAAUCAAGGCAACGCAAAAGAUAAACCUUACCGUUGUGAAGUUUGUGGUAAAAGAUAUAAAAAUUUGAAUGGGUUAAAGUAUCAUAGAGGUCAUUCAACUCAUUAA